AUGGCAACGCCAGCUGUUGCUCCCUUGCAUAAUUUCGACGACACGCCUCUCUGGAAGGCAUUCAUACUCUACUAUGUUUUCGUAUUCGACAGCGUUCUGGACCCGGAACACCUCAAAAAUAGUCUUGAGCUGCUGGCCCGACGUGACGGGUGGAAGAAAUUCGGAGCGCGCCUUCGAAAGAAUGCAAAUGGAAAUCUCGAAUAUCACUUUCCCGAGACCACAGACACCGAGAAGAGCCCCCGGGUAGUUUCUUAUACUCAUGUCACGCACUCUACUGCAACAGCGGAGCAUCCAAUCGCCUGCCACAUUCCGAACCAAGCCAUAGGAAGACCGUCCGUUGUUGCUGACCCAGACAGACUUGAGGGCCUCUUUCGCCCGGAUGGGGCUCCGACCAAGAUAACCGAUUACCUGAACAAGGACAUACCACAAAUGGGUCUACACGUCGUCUCUUUCCUUGACAAGACCCUCGUCACCGUGUACUUCCCGCAUACGCUGAUGGAUGGAAUGAGCAUGGCCCCAUUUCUGGAAGCGUGGAUCCUGGCUCUUCAAGGCCGUGCCUCAGAAAUAAAAUGUCCAAUCGGAGCUGAAGACUGCACACAUGAGCUUUCUAACGACCCACUCGCUGCAUUCGGCGUGAAGCCCACGGCCAAGCAUGUGCUGGAAAACCACCAAAUGUCGAUCGUCGGACUUACGGGAUGGGCGCUGCGUAACAUUAGGAGCUUUUUCGAUGAUCUUGAGAAUAGAAUGGUUUGUGUGCCAGCAUCAGUGGUGGCCAGACUCCGUCAAGAAGCUAUUAUCGCCUCGGCGGCCCACUGCAAGGCUGAGGGGGGCCCGCCUUUCCUAUCCGACGGCGAUAUAUUAUGUUCCUGGUGGACAAGGAUAGUGCUCACUAGCGCAGGCGUGUCGCACAACUCGAACAAGACCAUCGUGCUCAACAACGCCUAUUCACUGCGGAAAAUCCUCCUGGACUCACAAAGAAAUUCAGAAAAAGUCCAAGACACUGAGACAGCGACAGACCAGGACAGCUUUUAUGUGUCGAAUGUCACUGCCUUCUUCAGUGUGGUUCUCACAGCCGGUGAAAUCCUCCAACAGCCGUUGCAUCGCACAGCAAUCGCCUUCCGGGAUGCGCUCGAUAUGCAACGUACCAGACCGCAAGCGGAGGCAUUCUUAUCUACGUGGCGAAGGUCGUGGGGUAAGAUACCGCCUAUCUUUGGGAAUUGGAAGAUGGAUCUGAUUACAUACUCCAACUGGACGCGGGCCAACCUGUUCGACUUUGACUUCUCAGCCGCUGUUCUCGGAGCCGGAGAGAAGCAGCGGCCGGUGAGACCGGUAUAUGUGCAAAACAACCAGUUUGGUCUGAAACUCCCAAACGCGUUCCCAAUCAUAGGAAAGGAUAGAAGUGGUAACUAUUGGCUCUCGGGGUAUUUGAAGAAAGGUCAAUGGGGCAGGAUUGAGGACCAGCUUGCAAACUUAUAA